GCCAAAACAACUGGUUUCAUUUUAGGAGCAGAAACAGAAGAGCAAAAUGAUUCGGUCUAAACUCUGGUGCUUGCUGCUUUUCCUGAGUCCUGCUGUAUCCAUGGCGGUGGAGGAAGUGAUAAUACCAACGGAGACUCAGGUUCUGGGAGGUUGGAACAAGCUGCCUCUGCAGACAGAGAAAGCAGAUGAGCUAAAAGCCCUUGUAGAACUUUGGUAUAACCGGCAAAGUGACAGUCCCUAUCUCUACAAGGCCAAGGGCGUAAAUGCCAGAAUGCAGGUAAAACAGGAACAAGAUUAA